AUCUAACUUCCGCCAUGGAGGUAAACUUCCAAUGGAGCUAAGGAAGUUUACUAGACCUCUAAUGGACGUCUAUCUGACUUCCAUUAUGGACAUAGUCGUCCCAUGGAUCUAUGGAGGUUUAAUGGACGUCCAUUGAACAUCCACUGGAUGCCAAUUUCUAUGUGGGUCGAUACGUCACAUCCGGCUGUCAGCACACGUCCAGUACCUGCAUGCCAUCUACUUCCACCACGCGUACCAACCUCGCGUGACCAACCUUCGCUCCAAGUGUCGCGAGAUCUAAUUACAUUUUAUCCGUGUCUUACACUACUAUGUCCAAUCGCUUAUGUGCGCAAUCAGGACAGUCUCGGUAAUUAUGUUCCGCGUUAUUUGUCGCGUUACUAUAGUGUCCUACGGGGCACCACGCGUUGUUACGCUGCAUUUGCAUCGGUAUGGAGCUCCGUGUCAGCUUCCGCGUUAUAAAGUGCAAUGACCGGUACCGAGGUGAGUUCUUUUUUCAAUAACUCCAACGUUUUUAUACACGACGUAUCGAAAUUAUAUUCAGCAUCUCUUUUUCAGGAGGUUCUGUAACAACUUCGCUUUAAGUGCGAAGUCUUUGAUAAAUUUGCGAAAGUAGCUCAGCCCGAGGAACUUUCGCAUUUCGUGGUUUUUCGGCUGUUUAAAUUUACCAACCGCUUCAGUAUGCAUCGAGCUCAGAGUAAUCCCUUCGCCCGAAAUUAUGUAUCCAAGGAAUUCAACCUUGUUCCGCAAGAAUUGGCAUUUCGCAUAAUUCAGAUCAAAACGAUACUGUUUUAGAAUAAUCAGAACCUCCUUCAAAAUUCGUAGAUUUUCUUUUAUCGUUUCGAACGGGACGAGUACAUCGUUAAUGUACACUAUACCUUUUUUAAAAUUUCGCCGGCGCUUCAAAGUAUCCGAAGGGCAGGAAGGUGUACUCGAACUGCCCGUCGGGCGAAAAAAAAUACCUCGUGUGGUCGUUAUGCACUCUAAUCUGAUGGAAACUUUCGCGCAAAUCUAACAAAGUAAAAACAGAUUUAUUCGUAAGCCGAGAUAGACACUCCUCUAUUAUCGGAAACGGAAACUUUCUCGAUUCUGGCGUUUAAUGGACGUAAAUCUACGCACAGCCUGGUUAUCCGUUCUUUUUCUUCACCUGUAUUACGCGCGCGCAGUAAGGCAAAACGCUUUCUUUAAUUAUUCCGCGCUUCAGCAAAUCUUCUGUUAUUUCUCUAAUUUUUUUACGUUCGGCGUAAGCAAAUCUGCAGGGCGCGAACGCGUAGAUCGAAUCAUCUUUGAAUCUAACUCUCACUGCGUGCCCGUCGUCUAUCUCCUCUAACUUCAUCGCGCGCACUUCGUACAGUAAUUCCUCUAGCCUCUUCUUAAUUAUUAGAUCGAAAUCUACUUCUAACUCGUUUACUAUCCGGUCGAACUCGUCUUCCGCUUUGUUCGCCACGCACAAGGGUAAAGCGGAGAACAAGUCGACACGAGCAUCUAGUGGCCCCUGUUCGUGGAGCUUAUGCAAAAUCGUAAUUUUCUCAGUUCUAAAGAAGUCGCAUCCUAAAAUUAUAUCGCAUUUAAACGCUUCGUUUUCUAACACAUACAGCUUUAUAUUAUACACAUUAUUACCUAACAAUUACAACGAGAUUCCGGUUCAAAACGCGCCUAUGACCUUCAAAGUGCCGUCCCCCAGUCCUUUCAACUUUUGAUCCGAGGGCUCGAGCGCAUUGCCCUCACAGCACUCCGCGUAGCACCGUGUCUUUACAAAGAACAUCGGACUUCCAGUGUCUACCAGAGCUGUCAACUUACAUUUUUUACUUAAUCUUUACAGCCAGCUGCGUUACUGUGACCAACGGCUCUACCAGCUCCAGCCUCGUUCCUUCUUCGAUGACCGCCGCUGCCACCUCAUCGGCCGCCAUCUUUGCUGUCACGCUCGCCGCCGUCUGGGUAGCCGGGGGUUACUUCCUGGAUGCCUGCUGUCCGCCGCCUCUUUGGUCAUUCGGGCAAUCGGCUAUCCGAUGCCUCUUAUGUUUACACAGAAAGCAGUUUGCCCCGGGGAAAACCGCGUCAUCGGUUUCUUGGUCGUGUCUGCACUAGCUUCCAGAAUCGGCUUGACUUCAUCGAGGAAGCACGUUAUUGUAUCCUGCUUAACUGAUAAAGCGGUCCUUAGCAGUGUUCCUGCUGUCAAGAGGCCUUCCUCUGAGGUCGACGCGGAUUGGCCUUUCUUUCGUUCCGUCGUCUCAUUCGCAGUUCCCUGUGCCUUCAUCGGGAAGUCUACUCAAGUGCUCGAUGACGGCCUCCACGAGCGCUAUCUUCUCCGAGACCGCCUCAAUACCAUAACUCAGCCUCUCGCUGGAGCUGCUCCACCGUCAUAGCUUCUAGUCGUUCUCGCACGGAACGUGCCUUCGACGCCAUGCUGAAGCUCCAGUGACUUUCUCACAUAUACACACACACUCUGCGAUAUCGCGAUUCCACGUGCCCCUGCCGUUCUCGUCGGACAAGCACCGUCUCUGCAAUUCACUUGUCCGCGCGUCCGGUUUGCGCAGUUCGUUCACGCGUUUCGAUUUCAUGGAGCCCGAUACGCCUGCCCAUUGCUCCGAGCGCGGCGUUCUCCGGUUGUCCUUGCUCCACACACACGCACACACACACACACACACACACACACACACACACACACACACUCACACUACGAAUGGCGCGACGCGCUCUUUUGGCGCGCACGUCUUGAUCCCACUUCUGAACUAAAAGACUAAUUUUAACUGCUCGUUUAGAAGAUUCCGCUGGUGGCCGGAAUCUCCUUCUUUUUCCGCUAUCUAGCCGCAACGUCCCUGUUCUCAGGCGGUCCUGUUUCCUUUUCGGGUUCACCCGUUCCUCCGUUUCACCGGAGCACGCUGCGCACACGUGCCCACCGGUUCAAUCUUUGGAAUUAGUGCGGGGCGGGUUAGACAAAUAACCAAACACCGUCAUUAAAACUACUGCAACUAUAGAUAACUUUAUUUUCAAGUACAAGCUUUGGACUAAAACGGAUAUCACAGCAAACGCGGGACUGCCGCCGAACACCACCACAGUUCAAACGAGAGUGCCGAAAUCUCCGCGCCGCGCGCCGGUCGCUAACCAGAAUUUGUUCGCCCCGCUUCGACGCUUUUGGGGAGAAUUCUCGAACGUUCAGCAGUACGUCAUUUCCGCUCGGAGCUCGCGCCGACUCCGAUAUUCCGGAGUUGACCCAGCUGUUAUAGGGAUUAUGUAUUUCUAUUAUGUUACGCGUCGUCGCGGAAGUCCCCACGAGCUUUCGAGGUAAAGAAAAGGUAGUCGUGGCGGUAAUGAACUUUACUAGGAGUAAACUCAACAAACUUUAUUAAAAGAUAUAUGACGCCGGUUACAUGGCGUGAGUCGAUAACAAGAGCUAAUGGCGGACUGACUCGGCAGAAAAAACUGCCGUCGGAAACGAACUGCUUACAGCGCCACGCUGGCGCGGACAAUACGUAAAACUAGAGUGGAAACUCGCUAGUCGCCACAUACUCUUCUCCGAGGGUGCGUUCUUAAAUUCGCAACGAUGCAGCCUGAUACAUCCAGGUGCGUUCUUAAAUUCGCAAUUAUGCAGCCUGAUACAACCAUUUGCAUAACUUAGCCGUUCUUAAUUUAUGGUUGCGCACACUAAUUGAUAUUUAAGUUAAUCUUAGCCGUUCUUAAAUUCGAGUUGCAAGCAGAACUGCCGAAGUUGCUUGCAAUUUUUAGCAUCCCAGUUUAAGAAACUGCUGAAAGUUAAAGGGUGAAAGCAUAUGCGAUGUAAACUAACCCAGAGUAUUUUAGAUUAAGCGAACAUAACAGUGGCAAAAAAUCGGCAUGUUGAUUAUGAUUUAGACGGAUCUUAUUAUUGCGCAGAUAUUCAAUAGUAAAUAUAAAGUAAUAAUUAAGGAAUUAUGUCUAUUAACAAUUAUAAAUAGUAUUAAUAUAUGUGUAAUAAUAACAAUAAUAAUAAUAAAAGUAAUAAUAACAGUAAUAUAAUUAUAUGUAUAGUAAUUUACAUUUAGUAAAUGUAUUAUCCUAUAUAGUAGCAAAAAUAUGUUGACAAUGAGCUCAUAUUGGAUAAACAUUACUUAUAUAUUGGGACAGCAUUGCCCAAUGUUUUUUUCAAUAUUUCCGAAAGUAACGCUAAAAUUGGUUAUAAAAUAUUGAUUCCAAAUUAGAAUUCAAUUAAUGUCCAAUAUGAAAAAUUAAUUCAACAUUGACCAAGCGUUAAACCAAUAUUGAACUAAUUGCUGCUUAAAAACUGGCUAAAUAAGAUGAAGCGUCCACUUUAUAAUAUUGAAUAUUAUUGGGAAUAUUGUCUUUACUUUAAUUCUCAAUAUUGCGUCAAUGUUUUUGCUACUAGAAUAAAUGUUUAUUAAAUAUAAUUGAAACAUUACAAUAAUUGUUGUAAAUCCUUUUUAAUUUAUAAAUUAAAUCCUAUUGCUCCUAUUUUAGCAAUAUCCAUCUAUUUAUAUAUAGAUGGAUAUUGCUAAAAUAGGAGCAAUAGGAGGUUUUCUCACAAUAGCUACAUCUCAAUUAUUUUUUGAAGAGUCUUCAUCUUCUAAUGAAUACGAGGAUGUUAUGCCAUUAUUUGUAAAUAUUAUUUAGCUUUAUUAUUUAAAAUUAUAAUCAAUAAACAAAUAAUAAUAACAACAUUAGUAGUAACAAUAAUAAUAAUCCUUUAUAGUCAAUAUUUAAUACAAGUUUCUUAAAUUUUUAGUUACAAAAAAGAAACGUAUUAAAAGUACUUAAUUUUGAUAAACUAUGUCUUUCCAUGGACGAUCUUACUUUUCGAUCACAUUUUCGAUUAACCAAAAAAA